AUGACCUAUCCUACUAGAAUAGUGAACUUGUACUCGAAAGCCGAUUUGAAUGCUUUACUUGGGAAUAGUUCAGGCGACUGGACCGACUAUCUUCCUCCUCCGUCUCUCGAACGCCGCGUGCCUUCGACUAAGCCAAUCUGUUUGACAGCAGACCCGACCAAAUUUCGUCUGGACAUGGCUUUCAAUCGGGAUGGACCGAAGAGGGAUCACAACAAUCGGUUUACCUCUGAAAUUGAUCCCAAGACGUUGCCACCCACCAUUGAGGGACCCCGAUCGAUCGCUUCAGACAUUACUGAACAUGCCGGCAAGCGGGAAUGGAGGAAACACUGGGCAAAGUGGUCAUUUCCCAUCCGCAAAGACGCUCCACGCGGCCUGACUUGGGGCCCUUAUCAUGCGACGCCAGAGGUAUCAUUGAAACGACCCGCUGAAGACGGCACUUUGUUAGAAGAACCAAAACGAAGGCGAAUUUUUACUGUCUUACGAUCACCGCAAAAGCCCCUUAUUGUCAAGCUGAAGAUUAAUCAAAAACUCUUAAUAUCGGCUGAUAAGGAUUCCAAGAUAUCUAGAGAUCAAGAAUCCGUAAAAUCUUCUUUUACAAAGCGUAGUCGUAGCGGGUCAUCGGUCGUUGGUGAUAUUGGUCAGAUUCAGUCAAAGCGUCGCUGCAAUCCCAAAGCAGCACCUAAACCGGCACGCGCAGGCGAUGGCAAAAUGAAGAGGGUCACAAGUUCACAACUAGCCGAGAUGUUUUCACAGCGGCAUAUCAACUCUCGGACUCUUCACACCCCACCUGUCGCUCUAGUCCGAAAGAGCUCGUGA